AUGAAUACCCACAUGCGGGAGACCAAUUUCACAAGUAGGCAAAGUGACGCAAAGAAAAAGGGGAAGGACAAAACAACUGUACACAUAAAGAACACAUAUAUUUCGCCAUACGUCCUGUAUAACAACAGAAAGGGAAACAACGAAAAUGAGUUUGCAAAGCUGAACAACCUCCUAACGAAUGAAAAGAACCGAGUGUUUAUUAAACACAAAUUGAACUAUUUCAAAGAUGGUAUUCACGAGAAAAAAAUUUUAAGAUACGCCUUAAUUAAUGAGCUAAAUUUAAAGUGCUUUGAGAAUAGGGGGAAUGCAUGCGAACUGAAUAGCAUCACCACCAUGAUCCGCAUGAACUCUGACUUUGGGAGUGAUAAGGAGCAGGGCGUGGCUGCUCGAGAGAAAGCAGACUUGGUUGGCAAUAUAAAGGAGCUGACCAUUAUUCGGAGCGAGGACAUAAUUCGUGGUGGGGACAUCAUUCGCAGCGAGGAAUUCAUCAGCAGCAAGGAUAUGCUACACCGUGGGGGAGGCACUAACAAUGAAAAGGCAAGUGGCAGCGCAGAAAAAAGCGGCGUGCUCUUUAAGACAGACCCAAAUGACGAAAAGGAAUGUGACUGCUUUGGUUAUAGUAAGUACUACGGGGAUAGUACGGAUGUACCCAAUUCGCUCUGUUGCCUUCCAACCGGCGGGACGUAUUGUUCAGGGGGGGCCAGGGCUACCAAUGAGUCCCUAGCAGAAGGUACCAACAAAGCUGACAUGCAUACUGAGAGUAGUAAUCACCUGAACCGUUGCUGCGCUAAACGUAGUCACACGAAUAACAGCACAAAUGAUGUAGUGUACAAAUGUGAAGAUUCAAUUCCAUUGGGAACAAUUCUGAACUUUCACAACCUUGAUAAUAAUAACACGAAUAUCCUAACCACGGUGAUGCUGAGAAAUAUUCCCAACAAAUACACACAAAAAAUGCUCAUGAAUGUGAUGAACGAACACUUUAAAGGACUGUAUGAUUUUUUUUACCUUCCAAUUGAUUUCCGCAAUAAAUGUAACGUUGGUUACGCCUUUAUCAAUUUUAUACAUCCCUAUUAUGCUGAACUGUUCAUACGAUUUUUUAAUAAUUACAAACUUAACGUUUUUAAAAGCAACAAAGUGUGCAGUGUUACUUGGGGAAGAGUACAAGGGCUGAAGGCUAACAUUGAACAUUACAGGAAUUCUGCUAUCAUGACUAUUCCCAUCCCGCAGUAUAAGCCUAUGCUUUUUCAGAAUGGGAUUUCCGUCUCUUGGCCCGAGUCCGACGGGCCCUUACCCGCCAUUAAACUCCGUUCGCAGAAGUACUGA